AUGGAAAAUAAUCCACAUGACAAAUCGUGCAUGGCGUCAACCGUGACCCUGGCGGUACGAAAUAAGGAGGAAAAUGACUAUAAUCCCUUUGAACACCGAAAUGUGGCUCACCCUACAUCAACUAUAGGUUCCUUCUUCCACUUGCUAAAGUCUUCUUUGGGUUCUGGACUACUCGCCAUGCCUGCUGCAUUCAAACAUACUGGACUAAUACCAGGAUGUAUAGGAACCGUGCUAGUGGCAAUAAUAGCAACACAUUGCGUUCAUAUACUUGUAAAAACUUCGAGAGAUAUCUGCCAAGAAUGCAGAACCGCUUCGUUAAGUUACACUGACACAUGCAGUAGAGUGUUUGAAUAUGGGCCAAGGAAGUUGAGAGCCUACUCCGAGAUCGUUCGACACUUCGCUGACUACGCAAUGGCCGGCGUCUGUUUGGGAGGGACCAGCGUCUACGUCAUCUUCAUCGCUUCUUCCUUGAAGGACAUCUUCGACCAUCUGACUAAUGUAGAAUAUUCAGUGGAGGUCUACUGCGGAAUGUUGUUAUUGCCUCUCAUUCUCAUAACACAAGUGCGCUACCUAAAAUUCCUUGUACCCUUCUCAUUCAUCGCCAAUGUUUGUCUGAUGAUAACCUUCGCGAUCACGUGCUAUUAUACUUUUGAGGAACUACCGGAUGUUAGCAAUGCAAAAUUGGCAAAUAGUAUCGAAGGUUGGCCUCUAUUUAUAAGUACAGCAAUAUUCGCGAUGGAAGGUAUCAACGUUGUUAUGCCAGUUGAGAACGAGAUGACAAAACCCCAGGAUUUCCUCGGCUGUCCAGGGGUUUUAAACAUAACCAUGGUUCUGGUAGCUAUUCUAUACGGAACUGUAGGGAUCUUCGGCUACCUGAAGUACGGAGAUGAGGUUUUGGGGAGCAUCACGUUAAACUUGCCACAAGAUGAAAUCCUAGCGCUAUCAGCAAAAGUUUUAGUGGCCAUAGCAGUAUUUUUCACGUACUGUUUGCAAAUGUAUGCGCCAAUGGACAUACUUUGGUCGCGGAUCAGUAGCAGGUCUGCUACUGAGUACCACAAUCUUGGCCAGAUAGCUCUCAGGACUAUAAGCGUCGCACUCACUGUAAUCCUUGCCAUCGCUGUGCCAGACCUCGAGCUACUGAUCGGCCUCGUGGGUGCCAUCUUUUUCUCAACGCUAGGUCUACUAAUACCAGCCGUCAUACAAACAGUCCACAAGUGGGACAGAGAUUUAGGAAAAUUCAACUACAUACUGUGGAAGAAUUUAAUUCUGUUAAUGUUUUAUUUAAUUGUUUUAAUAUCGGGGUGUUACUCUGCCUUAUCGCAAAUAAUUGCUAAAUACGGUUGA